ACAUUUGGGCGCGAACCCUGAGCCUGUUGUCUGAGCCCUUCGCGCGCCCCCCCCCCCCACGGUCACACACAUGCACACCUCCGCCUCGUAAACUGCUUAAAGAAAUAAUAAGAAAAAAAACAAGAGUAAAGACUGCGAACCGAACAUCUGACGACGACCUCUCGGGCCGCUCCGCUCCUCCGGCUGAUCCCGGGGACCCGCGUCGCUCUGCCGGGGAUUUAUUUCCGAUGCCCUAAAUUCCCCACUGGGGCUUUUUUUUCGUGUGUUUUUGUUGCGGAAAACCCGGGUUGUGCAGGACGUUCCUCAGAACCAGCUGGUGUCAUCGGAUCUUUUCACUGGGAAUAAACUCUGGGGGGUCUUUUCGUCCCACUGUGAACAUGGACUACUACCACCACCACUACUUCGUCGACGACUACGACCGAGAGCAGGAUUUCUACCAAUCGACCGCGCCGAGCGAGGACAUAUGGAAAAAGUUCGAGCUGCUGCCCACCCCUCCCAUGUCGCCCACCCGGACCCUGAGCGCCGGCGCGCUGCACCUCUCGCCGGGGGACAAGCUCAGCUGGCGGUCCAAAGUCCCCGGGCCGGACGAGGAGUCCGAGGGGCAGUUCAUCCCCGACGCGGCGGGCAAGCUGUUCGGCAACCUCAGCUCCAUCAUCAUCCGGGACUGCAUGUGGAGCGGCUUCUCCGCCAGCAAGCAGCUGGAGAAGGUCAAGGCGCAGGCCGCGUCCCCCCCGGGGGCGGCCCAGCUCUGCGUGAGACCGAGCCGGGCGCAGUGCGUCUCCCCCGGCGCGCCGCUCGCCGCCCUGGCGACGGACUGCGUGGACCCGGCGGCCGUGCUCACCUUCCCGACGACGGGCUGCAGGAAGCCGGCGUCGUCCGGCUCGGAGUCCCGCUCCGAUUCCUCCGAUGACGAAGAGGAAAUCGACGUGGUCACCGUGGAGAACAAGCAGAACCGGGUGCGGCUGGUGAACGCCAGGAAACCGGUGACCAUCGCGGCCCGGGCCGACUCCUGCCUCAGGCGCUUCCACAUGUCCGUCCACCGGCAGCAGCACAACUACGCCGCCCGCUCGCCAGACAGCGACCUUGAGGACGACGACGAUGAGGAUGACGAUGAUGAAGAAGAAGAAGAGGAGGAUGAAGAUGAUGAUGAUGAUGAGUAUGCAGAGGAGCCUCCAAGCAAGCGCACCCGCACGUCACCCGGCCAGCAGACGGACGUCUCCCGGCCCGGCUCCUCCUCCGAGAGCCCGCUGUCCUCGGACGCGGAGGACACCGACCGCCGGCGCAACCACAACUUCCUCGAGCGCAAGAGGAGGAACGACCUGCGCUCCCGCUUCCUGGCCCUGCGCGAUCAGGUCCCCGGCCUGGUGUCGGCCAAGACCCCGAAGGUGGCGAUCCUGACCCACGCCACGGAGUACCUGUCGGACCUGCACGCCAGAGAGAAGCGGCAGCUGCAGGAGAAGAAGCGGCUCAAGACGCGACAGCAGCAGCUCAUGCGCAGGUUAUCCGAGCUGAAGCGCUCGUGAGGCGCGUUAUGAACUGAACCGCCUCGUCAAUCACAUUGAUGAACUUUCGGGGGUCUCUGUUCCGAUACAGCUGCAUUCUCGCGUUUUGCGACACGUCCGUACCGCCGAGGGCCUCGUGAAUUGAAAGUUGAGGCCCACGCACCUGAUAUUGGGCAGCUGGUGUGCUGUGUUUUUUCUUUUGGACAAUUUUCUGGUUUCGACAGCGGUAAUGGAAUUGAUCUUAUAGCGACGACAAAGGUAUAUCUUGGUAUGCUGUGAUGGGAAGUGAGAACUUGUGUAUAAGUGAUUUUCUGUGUUUUUAUUUUUUAUCUUAUCUUUUGUAAUGAAAUGUGAAUGCCUCACACGCGUGAGCGAAUGAGUGGGUUUGAUGUACAAAUUGUUCUGUAAAUAAUAUCUUAUCACUCCUGGUGAAGGAGACAGCUGAGAGUUGUCAAUGAGCCUUACGCCCCUUUAUGACGUGCCACCAGGCAUCGAGGAACCUCUAUUUUGUUAAGAAAGUAUGAAAAAUGGGUGAAAAAAUAAGUAGCACUGCUGUACUUUAUAUUCACACGUCACUUUGUGAUUUCAAUGCUUCUCCUGAACCCCUUUUUUUUUUUUCCUUUUGAAUUAUUUUUCUAAAGCAUGUUAACAUUGGCCGCGUCAUUAAAUUUUUAUACCUCUUUGCAUUCAGA